CGCCCCUGGAAGUCAUGAAUAACGUCUGUUCGCCUGAGCUGGAAGAGGUGAUGUCUCUUUAAGAAGCUCAGCCCUCUGCCGAAACAAUUGUACAACCCCCCAACAAGUCAUCGGGCCUGUCAAUCAUCCGGUCGGCGCCCUUUGAUGUCGGACUCCUCGCCUUGUCUUGGGCUCAAAUGAGCUGUUUGCUGCUGUAGGGAAACAUUAGUCUUCUACCAACCAACCAGCCGGGGGACGCCACAUCUCAACUUUUUUCUGUAUGCGGUGGGGGUUUCUGUACUUCGGAGGCGUCCCAGACUGAGGAGAUUUUAACAGAGAAGUCCCGCUGAAUCUUUUUCUUUCUACUUUUUUAUUUUUAUUUUUUGUCAGUAUCAUUUUUUAAACGUGUAUAACAUCGAAGAGGAGGGGGGAAGUAGACAUGCCUCAGCUUAGCAGCGGCGGCGGGGACGACCUGGGAGCCAAUGAUGAGAUGAUAUCGUUUAAGGACGAAGGAGAGCAAGAGGAGAAAAUCCAAGAAAACGCGUUCACGGAGAGAGACCUGGCCGACCUCAAGUCCUCUCUGGUGAACGAGUCGGAAAUAAAUCAAAGUCCGAACGCAGCGGCGGUCAGACGGGGACAGCAGGGCGAGCAGAGGGGCUUCCCAGACAAACACCGGGAGCAUCUCGACGUUGUGUCGAAGCAGCAAGAUGGAGGUAUGUACAAGUCGCCGGGAUAUCCAGGGUACCCGUUCCUGAUGCUGCCAGACCCCUAUCUCCCCAACAGCUCCGUUUCUCCAUCUUCUAACAAAGUCUCGGUGGUACAGCAGUCUCACGGGAUGCACCCACUGACCUCCCUCCUGCCCUACAGCAACGAUCACUUCAGCCCGAGUUCUCCUCACCUGCCCACAGACAUGAGCCAGAAGACAGGCGUUCACAGGCAUCAGUCCCAGGACCUCUCAGGAUAUUACUCCCUCCCUCCUGGUGGCGUCAGCCAGAUCACUCCCUCGAUGAGUUGGUUUUCUCACUCGCUGAUGCUCGGCCCAUCGGGCAUGCAUCCUACAGGGAUCCCCCAUCCAGCCAUAGUGCCCCCUACAGGCAAACAGGAGCACGAGCAGUAUGACAGGAGCAUGUACGUGAAGCCACAGGUGGAGCCCAAGCGGGAGAAGGAGCCCAAGAAGCCGGUCAUCAAGAAACCUCUGAACGCCUUCAUGCUUUACAUGAAGGAGAUGAGGGCAAAGGUCAUCGCCGAGUGCACAUUAAAAGAGAGCGCAGCCAUCAAUCAGAUCCUGGGACGAAGGUGGCACGCACUGACCCGGGAGGAACAGGCCAAGUACUACGAGCUGGCCAGAAAGGAAAGACAACUGCACAUGCAGCUCUACCCAACUUGGUCUGCUAGGGACAACUACGAGGCGGGCCUUAGCGGGGUCGCAGGGGAAAAGAAUAAAGCUGAUUGGGGCAAGAAGAAGAGGAGAAAAAGGGAGAAGCAGCAGGACUCCAACACAGACCCGGGCUCUCCUAAGAAAUGCCGGGCUCGCUUCGGCCUCAACCAACAAACGGACUGGUGCGGUCCUUGCAGGAGGAAAAAGAAGUGCAUUCGCUACCUUCAAGGAGGAGGCUGCCCCAGCCCAACUUCUUCAGAUUUAAGUGCUAUAGACUCUCCCCCGUCCCCUUCUCCCGCCCGACACCGUCUCUUCCAGCACCAGCGGCCCCCCUCCCCGGGCUGCUCCCCGCCGCCCACCUCCCCUUCGGCACGUCUCCCCUUGUCUCCGCCAGCGCAUGCACUCUCACACACGCGCUUAACUCCGGAGCAGUCUGCCGGCAAACGCGGCGACCUCCGCCCGCCCGCAGCAAAGCACCCCCACGCACACCCGGAACUGUCCAGCAAGCAGACGCACAGCUCGUUGGUGCUGUCGGCCGCCAAGGCCGCAGGACUCUCUCUCAAAGUGCUAACGGAGACCCAGUGAUGGCCGUGGUCUGCUCGCAUCAACAACCCCUGCACUCCUCAGCUUCCUCCAGAGCCGUUACGAUCAUCCUCAUCAGCUGACAUCAGUCUUAUGUACACCCCCUCCCCCGAGGUUCAUUUGAUGUUACAGAAAAAGGAGCAAGUUGAAGGCAUCGACCCCUCCCCUACCCUACCCUAUCCUCAGUAGGACAGUAGCUGUCUCUUAGUUCAGAGGCUGGAUUCUUCAAUAUCUGCAUUUUUACAACGGUCACCAAGUCCUUCUCAAAGAGAUCUGUCACGUGACAUUACAUUAAGCUGAGGACACAAGCCAAUCUGAAGGAUCCAGCCGCUGAACUGGUGACCAUAAAUCCACCAGCUUUAGAACACAUAGUAGCGAGCAAUGCUAAUGUGCAUGCAAAAACAAAACAAUAAAAAAAUUAUUGCGGUUCUUUGGCUCCACCUGCUGCAGUUAAACUCAACUGAAGUGAUUAUCAUACCUUAUGGAUAAGUAACUCCAUAGCGAUGACAAUCUGACAUACUUUUACACUUAAAGCUUCACCAUCACAUCUAUCUCCUGGAAAUGUUAUCACCCAUUUAUAAGAACCACGAGAGGGGAGCAAGGACCAACUACCACCCAACCUGACCAGCAGAACCUCAGAUUCCAAGAGGCAUGGAUUCACUUUCAUUAGCUGCCAUUUCACAGUCUGACUCUAAGUUUCCCCCUUUUUUUUCAAACAUUUUUAUGAAUACUUGUGCAGCUUCUUUGACAAAAAAAUAUUAUAAAUACAUAUAUAUAUAUAUAUAUAUGUUUCCAGCAGUUUUAAAAAGAAAAUUCUGAAGUUCACAUUACUUUUAGGCACUUUCAGGCUGUCAAUCUAUGGCUUCACCAACUGUUACAUUGUUUGUGUUUUUGCAUAAUUAGUGGUAUUUUUUGUAUGAAUCUCAUGAUUUUUAAGGUCAGGCUUUCUACAGGUGGGAAUCCCUCAGAAGAGUGUUGUCUUUUUUUUUUUUAAGUCUUGUUUUCCUUUGAACAUUUUCCAGUGCAGCAGAUUAAACUGAGACCAAAUGGGUACUAUUAUAUUGCAUUGUGUUGUAAAGUUUUAUAAUUAAACUUUUAUAUGGUUUUAUGUAAAAAAAAAUUAAAAAAGUUUUAAAAAAAAAAUCUAUUCUUUAAAAAAAAAAAAAAAAAAAAGAAGAAGUUAGUUUCUACCAUUUCUUAAAGGAAUAUUUGUUUGUCCUGUGCAGUUUUUUUUUUUUUUUUUGGUCAAGUGUCAUGGUCUUACUCUGCAUUUUUACGGCUAACGUAACAGACAUUGAUUAUUAUAAUUUUUUUUUUAAAGGCUUUAAUUUUCCUUUCUGCUUCCAGCUUCCAACUCUGUGGACAAACUAUAAGCUGAGUUUUUUGUGCAGCAAUAUAGUUUCCCUCCACCAGAGAGAGCUAUUGUGCUAGAAGUAGUUUGCAAUAGUGGCAGCACCUCACAGAUCUCAAGCUUUUUUUUUCCUUUUUCUUUUUUUAAAUGCCUUUGAUGUGUUACUGUGUUUUUGACUGUUGUAAUAAAGUGUUUUGAUUAUUUGGUCCAUGAUUCCUUGAGAUUUAGACCCCCACCAACCAAAACUAAAAACAACAAGUGACAGACAACAUCCAUUUAAUGUUUUAUUUACUCCUUCAGUAUGUUUGAGCAUCCCAAAAACCAGCAUCAGAGCUUAACUGGGAAAAGUUUAACUCACUACAACAGGGCACGUGUUACCCAACGCUGUGUGAUAACACAAGUACUUCGAGUCCAGGGGGACAUUAUGCAUUUAAAAACAAAGUCAUCUUUCUACCUCAAACUUCACUUUUCCUAUAAACGGCUCCUUGACAUGGUUUCACAAAAUGGACACAUUUACAGAGCAAAAAGAAGAAAACAAAUUCACCCUCACAUAUCCAUUGUCAAAAAAAGCAUUUUAUUCAUUCACUUAACCUAAAAGAAAACAAAAUGUCAAGUUUUUUUUUAAAAAAAAGUCAGAGCAAUUAAUAACAGGGGAAAUCUGAGGAGUCUUCGAAUCUUUAAAAGGAUACAAAGCCGUGAAACCAGGACUAUUUAUUUUAUGUCAAUACACAACGUGAGUGUGCGCGAACAGAAGAGCUUGGCUUUAAAUUAAUGACACCACACAGGCAAGUUAAAA